AGGGUCACACACAGGACCAAGCAGGAGCAGGACCUCAGCAUUUUGAUCAUUUUCUACAAAUGGAGGAACAUGAAGAUGUUCAAUACUGUUUUCAAGACAGAAACUCUUCUUGCAGAAAGGCUUUGCUAUCGACAUCUAUCUACAUAACACUGUACAUUUUCUUCUCAUUGAUUUCAGCAGUUACAGUAUUUUUGAACAUACUGGUGAUCAUCUCCAUCUCUCACUUCAAGCAGCUCCACACUCCAACCAACCUGCUCAUCCUCUCUCUGGCUGUGUCAGAUCUCCUGGUGGGACUGAUUGUGAUACCAGUAACGACUGUAGCAUUAAUGGAAUCAUGCUGGGGUUUUGGGGAAUAUUUCUGUGUGUUUUAUUUCUACAUCACUUGUUUAUGUGCUUCUUUAUCUCUGGGCAGUUUGGUCUUGAUAUCUAUUGACCGCUAUGUUGCUGUGUAUGAUCCCUUAUUGUACCACUCUAAAAUAACAACAACAAGAAUGAUGUGUUGUAUAACCAUUACUUGGUGUUUUUAUAUCAUAUACGAUGCUGCUAUUAUACAAAUAUUUGUAAAUGUACAGGUACCCAGUCAGUGUUUGAAUGAAUGUUUUAUUGUUGAAGGAUAUAUGUGGGGUAAUAUAAUUGACCUUGUAAUUACAAUGGUUGUCCCGUGCUCUAUUAUUAUAACACUUUAUAUGAAAAUAUUUGUGGUGGCCAGAUCACAGGCCAGAAAGAUAUUUUCAAAAGAGGCUGCCUGUGUGUUUGGUGUUAAAACUGGACAGGCAAAUAAGUCUGAGAGAAAAGCAACAAAAACUCUGUCUAUUGUUGUGUUCAACUAUCUCAUUUGUUGGAUUCCAAUUCAAUUUUAUUUAUUUUUUAUUUUCAUUGACAAUGUAUCAUCAUUCAUCAUCAGCUUUCUUCCACUUGUUAAUUCCUUAAUUAAUCCAAUAAUUUAUGCUUUCUUUUACCCAUGGUUCAAAGUGACAGCUAAAAUUAUUUUAACUCGGGUGAAGUUAAGGUGUUCAUAG